ACUCCAGCGCGGUGUGCAUAUGCUGACCGGACCCACUGGUGCACGGCAGCCAGAGCAGGGGACACAAGCUGAGUGACGUGGACAGGACCCAAAGCUCCCAAGACUGAGAUCCAGUCAUGAAGAUGUGAAAACUGGCAGCGGCUCAGGAAGCGGGGAUGGAAGGACUCUUGCCCGAGGCCGCCCCCCAGGGCUCCGAGGCGGGAGGAACCUGGAAACAAGAGGGUCAGGUCAGAGACCGGCAGGCAAACCAGGAAAGCUGUUUGAAGCAGGAGGUCGUGGCCCACGGGGAAGAGCCCGCCGGGGACGGUGCGCGGGCACAGGAUGAACUCGGUGGAAUCCCGGGAACCGGAUCGGGCCCUUCCCGCACCCAGACCGACAGCGGGCCCCAGAGGCGCGGUGCGCCGAGAAAGAACCGGAAGCAGAAGGCGGCAGACUCCGGCGAGGAGCGAGGGGGCGGCCCCAGGAAGCCGUGGAAGUGUGGGGACUGCGGCAAGGCCUUCAGCUACUGCUCGGCGUUCACCCUGCACCAAAGAACCCACACCGGGGAGAAGCCGUUCGCGUGCGCCGAGUGCGGCAAGGCCUUCAGCCAGAGCGUGCACCUCACGCUGCACCGGCGCACGCACACGGGCGAGCGGCCCUACGCGUGCCCCGAGUGCGGCAAGGCCUUCAGCCAGGGCUCCUACCUGGCGUCGCACUGGCGCACGCACACGGGCGACCCGCACCGCUGCGCCGACUGCGGCAAGGCCUUCGCGCGCCCCACGAACCUGGCGCAGCACCGGCGCGUGCACACGGGCGAGCGGCCGUACACGUGCGGCCAGUGCGCCAAGGCCUUCCGCAACCGCUCAUCCUUGCUGGAGCACCAGCGCAUCCACACGGGCGAGAAGCCGUAUGCGUGCGCGCAGUGCGACAAGGCCUUCCGCUUCUCCUCGGCGCUCAUCCGCCACCAGCGCACCCACACGGCCGAGCGGCCGUACGCGUGCGGCCAGUGCGCCAAGGCCUUCACGCAGAUCGCGCACCUGACGCAGCACCGGCGCGUGCACACGGGCGAGAAGCCCUAUACGUGCCCCGAGUGCGGCGCGCCCUUCAGCCAGAGCGCCUCGCUCGCCGAGCACCGGCGCAUCCACACAGGCGAGAAGCCGUACGCGUGCGCGCAGUGCGGGAAGGCCUUCACGCAGGUGUCGCACCUGAGCCAGCACCAGCGCGUGCACACGGGCGAGCGGCCGUACGCAUGCCAGGACUGCGGCCGCGCCUUCAGCAACCGCUCCCACCUCGUGCAGCACCACCUCGUGCACACGGGCGCCAAGCCCUACAAGUGCCUGGAGUGCGGCGUGGCCUUCAGCCACGUGUCCUCCCUCAUCGAGCACCAGAAGAUCCACACGGGCGAGAAGCCCUACCGGUGCGGGGAGUGCGGCAAGGCCUUCAGCCAGGGCUCGUCGCUCACGCUGCACCAGCGGACGCACACGGGCGAGCGGCCCUACGCGUGCCACGAGUGCGGCAAGGCCUUCAGCAACCGCUCCUACCUGAUCCAGCACCACAUCGUGCACACCGGCGAGAAGCCCUUCGAGUGCAGCGGCUGCGGCAAGGCCUUCAGCUUCUCCUCCGCGCUCAUCCGCCACCAGCGAACGCACGCCGACAAGAAGCCCUACUCGUGCGCCCGGUGCGGCGACACGUUCGCGCAGCUGCCGCACCUGACGCAACACCUGAGCUCGCACCGGGAGGGGAGGCCGGUGGGCAGCAGCGAGCCCGCGGGAGAGAGCGGACGCGUAACGGCGUCUCCCCCCAGCCGCACGGCGCCGAGCGCUUCCUCGCCUCACUUCCGGCCUCGCGGCGCUGAGGGGCGAUCCCCGUCCUCCCCGCGCUGCGCGUGAGAAACCCGGGGCUCGGAGGAGCUCAGUGACUUGCCCAGGGUCACACGGAGAGGAGGUGCCAGCGCCGGGACUGGACCGCAGGGCGGCCAGACUGCUCCCCCCACCACACGCCGCCGCUGCCGCCUGGUUCAGAAGGAUAAAUGUGACCACAACAGUAGACCCGAAGAAGUGUCUGUGCGUCUCUAGCUAGUCUUUUAAUGGUUGGAGGUUUUAUGACCGAGUAGGCAUUUGUUCAAUAAAUUUAAUUGGAUAAAAGGUUCAGCUCCUUUGGUGACGUGGGCAUAUUAACGAAGGGAGCAGGGUCUGAAGGGGAAGUGUGGAUUCUUAGGACUGAAACAGUGCUUCCCAAGUUAGAAUGAGCCAGAGAAAUACAGAAAGGGACGAGUUCUAGAAGAGACUUGCCUCUCUCCUGACAGACCUGCAGAGGGCGAUUUUUAGAGUGGACCCCAGCCUUUUUCAGUGCGAGGACACACUUUCCCCUCCUCCAGCUUUCUCCCCCCACCCCCAACUCAAAAUCCUGCCUUUAAUGAUUGUGCCAGGUAGCUGUCCCCGUGUAACAGUCAUCCAGAGUGCAGGUGUCCGUUUACUAUUUCCCACGGUGGGUGUUUCUCUUGGUGUGGACCCAGCUCAGUUGAUCUUGGCUAGACUCAGUUAUGCAUCUGUGGUCAGCUGAGGGUUGGAUGGGGGCUGGCUGGCCCAGGACCGCCCAGCUGGGCCAACUUCGCCGUCUUCCUCAAGACUCACGUCUAACCUGGGUAUGCGCUCACAGCAGUAGCCAGAAUUUGGGACACAGGGCACACACAAGCAGUUUCAUGCCUCUGAUUAUGUCAAAUUUGCUUCUACACAUAUGGGCCAAAGCAAGCAUCACAGCCAAGCCUGGGGGCAGUGUAGGAAGGGCCUUCCCAAUGGUGUGGUGAGACAGAAGAGGGUAGUCACCUACUAUCCCAGUGAGGUCAUUUAUAGUCCUACAGCAUGAUCUCUACAAAAUUACGUUAUGGGUAACACAUUUCUUGGGUCCACAAUUAGCAAAUUAAAAAAAAAAAUCCUACCCCUAUCCUCCUCUAUCCCCUCUACCCAUCAAGUCCCUCUCCGGAGAAGCAACCAUUCUUGAGUUUCCUUGUAUCUUUCCAGCACGUUCUAUGCAUAUAGAAGCAAAUAUUUAUGUGGAAAUUUGUUUACAUGUAUAAACAUGCUAAAAAGAUGAACAGCAUACCUUUUCUAUACAAUUGCAUAUGGCACACAGUUUCCCCACCUUUUACUGUUUUAUAUUUGGAAGCACCUUGUACCAUUAGACAAGAGAACAGAUUAGUUAUCAUUUCACAAAGUUUGGGCAUCAGAUUUCGUGGGUAUGGAAUCACAAUUGUUUUGAUCUCACUGUGAUGUAUUCAGCUCCAGAAAAGAAAAAAUCAUGGAAAAAUAUUUUUCAGUUAGGAAUGCCUUUUUUCCAAGGUAGACCAACAAACUGUCCUGUGUCUUGGGACAAAGUAAACCCUCUUCUGGGGCACCUGGGUGGCGCAGUCGUGAAGCGUCUGCCUUCGGCUCAGGGCGUGAUCCCGGCGUUCUGGGAUCGAGCCCCACAUCAGGCUCCUCUGCUGGGAGCCUGCUUUCCUCUCCCACUCCCCCUGCUUGUGUUCCCUCUCUCGCUGGCUGUCUCCUUCUGUCAAAUAAAUAAAUAAAAUCUUAAAAAAAAAAAAAAAAAGUAAACCCCCUUCUGCAUAAAAACGAACCCCCCACAAUAAAAAAUUUUUGUGAGAUUUUUCAAUUAUACAAAAAAGUAUAAAGUAAAAUAAAUGCCCAUAUGCCCAUCCAAUUUGAACGCCUUAAAAAAUACUAUUUUGAUAGAACAGGAACACAAUACCUAAAAAUGAUUUCAUAACAAAAUGUACCAUAUUUUAUGAUACAUAUUUGCUUUUAAAAUAGGUCAUGAGGGGCGCCUGGGUGGCACAGCGGUUGAGCGUCUGCCUUCGGCUCAGGGCGUGAUCCUGGCG